AUGGGAUAUCAAAAUAUCACAGAAUUUAUCCUCUUAGGACUUUUUAGUGAUGAGGAUGAAAGGAUUGCCUGCUUUGUGGUGUUCUCACUUUGCUACAUUGCAAUUCUCUCAGGAAACCUCCUAAUUCUCCUCACCAUCAGUGGCAGCUGCCUACGUGAGCAACCCAUGUACUUUUUCCUGAGCUACCUGUCUUUCAUGGAUGUCUGCUUCACUUCCACAGUGGCCCCCAAACUGAUCACAGAUCUACUGGCCCAGCAGAAGACCAUCUCCUACAACAGCUGCAUGGCCCAGAUGUUUUAUGCCCACUUCUUUGGUGCCACUGAGAUCUUUAUCUUGGUGGCUAUGGCCUAUGACCGUUAUGCAGCCAUCUGUAGACCCCUACACUAUAUGGUCAUCAUGAGCAGACAAGUGUGCUAUGUCCUUUUGAUGGCCUCUAUUCUUGGAGCAUUUCUACAUUCAAUCCUGCAGGUAUUGAUUAUUAUUGAACUUCCCUUCUGUGGACCCAAUCAGAUAGACCAUUAUUUCUGUGAUGUUUUCCCCUUGCUGAAGCUGGCCUGCAUGGACACUAGCCUGUUGGUUAUUGUGAUCAUUAGCACCACAGGAGUCCUGUCAAUUUUGACCUUUGUUGCCUUGGUAAUUUCUUACAUCAUCAUCCUGUCCACCCUGAGAACACACUCAUCCCAGAGUAGCCGCAAAGCUCUCUCCACCUGCGGCUCACACAUCACUGUUGUGUUCAUGUUCUUCUUGCCCCUCAUCUUCACAUAUGUCCCCAUGGCUGAUUCUGUCAGUAAUGACAAGGUUUUUGCCCUAUUUUACACCAUGAUUGCCCCCAUGUUCAACCCUCUCAUCUACACACUGAGAAACACAGACAUGAAGAAUGCCAUGAAGAAAAUGUGGUGCCGAGACACACAGCUUGAAGAAAAAUGA